UAACAGCUAUGCAUUGUCAUCUUUGAUUCUAUCGAACACGCAGGCGCCCGUCACCACGCUGAAACUGUUACAAUGGAGCUUCAUGUGUUUUUCCUCCUUUUGACUCUUCCCAUCGUGGCCCGGCUCUGCCUUAAGAUCUAUCACGCCUUGACCUCGCCUCUGGCAUCAGUCCCUGGGCCCUUUUUUGCGCGCUUCACCAACUUGUGGUACGCUUGGAAGAUUAACCAAGGCCACUUUGAGAGAGCGAACAUUGCCCUCCAUCAACAAUAUGGACCAAUUAUCCGUUACGGCCCAAACAGGUUCAGUAUCGAUGACCCUCUCGCCUCCAGAAUGAUCUAUGCUCCCGGCCACGGCUUUCCAAAGUCUUCGUGGUAUGACACAUGGGGUGACCCGAACCCGCAUCAGUGGUCACUGUUCUCGGACCGAGAUGAGAGGCGUCACGCUGCGAACCGCCGCCUCUACCAGAACAUGUACAGCAUGUCUUCACAGGCGCACUACGAACGAUACGUCGACGAGUGCGCAGACCUGUUUGUCCAGAGGCUCACGGAGAUGUCCGGCAGGCGCGGAGUCGCGGAGCCCGUCGACAUGGGCCAUUGGUUUCAAUGCUACGCCUUUGACGUGAUUGGGAUGAUCACUUACUCCAAGCGCCUGGGCUUUCUGGAUCGGGGCCAGGACGUGGGCGACUUUAUCAAGAAUCUCGAUAAUCACCUCCGCUACGCUUCCAUAGUUGGUGUAUACUCGCAUCUCCAUCCAUACCUGGCCCCCAUCAGAAAUCGGCUCGGAAAGCAAGCCACAGGGAGAAAGUACAUUGUGGACAUCACCAAGCGAUACCUGGCGGAGCAUCAAUCCAAGCCAAAGGCAGUCGAUGUUGGAGAAGUGUCUGCCCCCUCGAAGCAGACCGGCACCCUGGAUCUUCUUUCCAAAUUCUUUGCGAAGCAUUCCGAGGAUCCCACAUCCUUCACACAGUACCAUGUCCUUGCCGGCUGCGUGUCAAACAUGGUUGCAGGCUCGGAUACCACAGCCAUCAGUCUCAGUGCGACACUGUACCAGCUUCUCCGCCAUCCCCGAGCCAUGGAGAAGUUGCGGGGCGAGGUUGAUCGGUUUUUCUCCCUGGGGGCUAGCGAUUCAAAAACCGUCACUUUGCAGGAAAGCCUUCAGCUGCCAUACCUCCAGGCAGUCAUCAAAGAGUCGUUGAGACUGCAUCCAGCAACCGGCCUUCCUUUGGAGAGAGUCGUGCCUGAAGGGGGCGCAUCUAUAUGCGGGAAGUUCUUACCGGAAGGGACAAUCGUGGGCAUCAAUUCUUGGGUCGAGCAUCAUAGGACGUCCAUCUUUGGCGAUGAUGCAGCCGAAUUCAGACCCGAGCGGUGGCUGACUACUAAUACCGAUCGUUUGUCGGCUAUGAACAGACACUGGAUGCCGUUUGGCUUGGGAUCUCGAACAUGCAUCGGAAGACACAUUUCCAUGCUGGAAAUGUGCAAACUGAUUCCUCGACUCGUCCAUGAGUUUGAUUUUGAGAUGAACCAGGGCUACCCAUGGUUGAACAAGAACUAUUGGUUCGUGAAACCUAUCGGCUGGAAGAUAAACGUGUGCAUUCGGUCACCCAGAGAGCCCUGAUGAUACGGAAUCCCGCGGGUUAGGGCAGCAAGAUCACAGAAGAAUGAGAUUGGCAUAGGUUCUUAAAAACGAAAGUGACUCUUUGCAUUUUGUCUCAGACGACGACGAUAUGAAGAAUAGCAAAGGAUUCAAGUGUAGCCCAAAUGAUCGACAGAGAAACGAAGUAUG